UUCAAGCCUUCUGGAGCGGAAAAAGGCUAGAGAAUGGCGGCAGCCGCAGCAGCAGCUGCUUCUGCUUGUGGAAGAAGAGUGCUUGCAGUCUCUUCCUUAUCUGCUACUUUCUGUAGUAGCUUCAGAUCUAUCUCUUCAGCAGCAGCAGAGCAAGCUGCAAAAUCGGGUGGAUUCUCUGCGCGUUUCUCUCGACGCAAGCUUCCUUUCCUUUCAAGGCUUCCAUCAGAGUUGGGUUGUGUGCAGUCUUUGAUGCCACUGCACAGCGUUACUGCUUCUGUGUUGCUCACUUCCAAGCUUUCUUUGAAGACUGGAAGCUGGGGAUGGCUUUCCGAAGGUUUUGCAACGCCACUAUAGCAUGGCCGAUGAGCUUUGACCAAGAUGCAGGCGAUGAUGAUAAUAUCAGUGUGUGCUUGGAUUCUCCCGUUGAAUGAUUUAUUCAAACUGAAAGAGGGUUAUCAGUGGUUACACUGACAAUGUCUUUUCAUCUUUUAAAUGCAAAAACGUCUCGAACCAUUUUGCAA